AUGAUAUUUCAGUGCCGCGCCGCGAUCCUCAACCAUACCUACGUAAGUACCCACCUUUUCAACGGCAUUCACUUCAUAGGCUCCUGUGCUAACAGGCCCACCGGCUACGACUAUAGUCGAGACGCGGACGCGUGGUUGAACCUUCACACCAAACCCACCUCCCUGUCGAACGCCAAGAUGCGUUGCCAACAAGAAGGUGGAAUCCUAGCAUCCCCCACGACCAGGACAUUGGCGCAGGUGAUGCUGGUCAUGCUGGCCGAGCGGCAGUUAAUGGGAACUCUGUUUACUAGAAUAAAGUCCCUCAGUUCUGGAGAACAGGUCCUUGGCGGAGUUCCGCUCAACUCUGUCCCGCUGUGCUGGGCUGACGGCGCCGCUGAUACCGAGGAUUGCUCGGCGCUGGCUGGAGCGGGCGCUCUGGUGGACGUGAACUGUGCAAGGGAACUCCCAUACUUCUGUCGACAGGACAACGAUACCAUUACUCGGAACUUAUGUGGCAGUAUCGAAUACAAAUUGGAACUUCGCUUCGCCAGCUGCUAUAAGUUCCACCGAACGUUUAGAACCUGGUUCCAAGCCUACGUAAUGUGCCACGAGGAAGGUGGAGAAUUGGCUGUUAUCGAUAGCCCUGAAGAGGCUCAAAUGUUGCGGACAAUGUUUAAAGAAAACCUGUCUCCUGAUCAGGCGAUCAUCGGAUUUAGGACAAAAGCCGGGGAAUGGGUAACCAUUGAUGAAGAGCCACUCAACGCGACCGGAUACGAGGUAUGGUCUCCAGGCGAGCCGAACAACAAGGACGGCGAAUCAUGCGGUUUCAUUCUGCGCUCGGGCAUGCUCAACGACGAUCCUUGCGACAAGCUGGCGCCAUCUAUCUGCGAGAUCACACUUUAA